GCGACGCUCUUCGCCGCUUUGACGCCUUCAUGCGUCAGCAGCAGCAGCAGCAGCAUGGUGGGAAAGUUGUGGAAGCUGCUAAUAACCGGAGAGUUUCUAUAAAAUAAACUAUAAUAAUAAUAAUUUAUAAAUAAAGUUGAAUAAGAGUUCAUAAUGGCGUCCAGGCGGAAGUCCGCUGAGAGUCUGAAACCAGAGAAGAAGAAGAAGAAGAAGAGCUGCGAGGAGGAAACAGCUUCAGUUUGUUCUCUGGUGGCAGACGAACAGCUGAAGGAGGUGGUGAAGGAGGCGUGGAGCCAGAGGAGAGCCUGCACACAGGGGGACCUGGAGCUGGACUGCGUCCCGUUCCCUCACUGCGUCAUCAAGAACUUCCUGAGCAGCGAGGUGUUCCUGGAGAACCUGCAGAAGGAGCUGCAGGAGCUCAACUUCAACCUCAAGUCCAACGACCUCUACAAGUUCAAACAGUCCGACGACCUGAAGAAGAGAACAGAGCCACACAUCGCAGGACUGAGGUCGGCUCUGUUCGGGCCCUUCCGCUCGUGGCUGGGGGAGGUGCUGGGGGUCCCUCUGGAGCCCACCGUGGACAUCUCAUGUGCCAGAUACGGAUACACAGAUGUUCUCCUGUGUCAUGAUGAUGAGUUGGAGGGACGCCGCGUGGCCUUCAUCCUCUACCUGGUUCCUCCCUGGAGGAGCAGCGACGGAGGAACGCUGGACCUCUACUCCACAGACAGUAACUUCCAGCCUCAGAGCGUGGUGAAGUCUCUCGUCCCGUCUCUCAACACGCUCGUCCUCUUCGAGGUUUCUCCUGUUUCCUUCCACCAGGUGUCUGAGGUUCUGUCUCAGGACCGGUGUCGUCUCUCAGUGAGCGGUUGGUUCCACGGUCCGUCUCUGGAUCGUCCUCCUCGCCACGCUGAGCCGCCCGCCGCCAGGAACCCCCACCUCCCCAUAGACGAGACGUUGCUGCUGGAGUGGAUCAACCCGGUUUAUCUGGACAUCUCGUACCAGGAACAGAUCCAGGAGGAGUUUGAGGACCGAUCAGAGAUUCAGCUCAAAGACUUCCUCAAGGAGGAGAAGUUCAGGGAGGUGAGUGAAGCGCUGAGACUCACUCAGGUCCAGUGGACGAAGAGGGGACCGCCCAACAAGAGGUGUUAUGAAGCAGCCUGUGUGGACUCCCUGCCUCAAUGUGUGACGUCCUGCUGGGAGCUGCUUCACUCUGAAGCGUUCUUCCUGCUUCUCUCCAACUUCACCGGCCUCCGCCUGCACUUCCUGUGUCCCAACGACGAAGACGAAGACGAAGAUGAAGACAGUAAAGACGAAGAGAGAGACGAAGCAGCGGACGGAGUCGCUACAGGCUCCAACACACAGUCACCUGCAGCCAAGGCCAGCAGGAAGAAAGAGCCGAGCACGCCGCUGUGCUGUGGCGAGCUGCGGCGCUGGUCCCACGGAGGUUACACGCUGCUGCACGACGCCGAGGCCGCCAGGGCCGAGUACGCCCUGGACCUCUACCUGCCGGUCUGUGGGCCAGAGUGGCAGUCAGAGUUCGGAGGCUUCACCUGUUAUGUUGCUAACGAAGAGGAUGAGGAGCUCCUGACGGUUUAUCCAGAAGAUAACUGUCUGGCCCUCGUCUACAGAGACAAAGAAACCCUGAAGUUUGUGAAGCACAUCAACCACAGAAGCUCCUCUGAGUCCUUUUAUGACUUCUCUUUUGUCUACUAUGAAUAAAUAAAUAUAUAUUCUGUAUCUUUC